AUGCUACUUUAUUGCUUUUCCAGGACCAUGUGCCCUCUGAGCAUGAGAAACUACACCUCUGUGAUCGAGUUCAUCCUCUUGGGGAUUCCUAAUACUCAAGGGCUGGAGGACAUGAUCUUUGUUGUGUUCCUGACUUUCUAUACUUUCUCCUUGCUGGGCAACCUGCUCAUUUUCCUCACCAUUCUGGCUUCCUCCAACCUCCACACCCCCAUGUAUUUCUUCCUGGCAAACCUCUCUGUGUUUGACAUACUUUUCCCUUCUGUGAACUCCCCCAAGAUGAUGGUCUUCUUGUUGGGACAAAGCUACACCAUCUCUUACCAGGGCUGUGCUUCCCAGGUCUUCUUCUACCAUACUCUGGGUGGCACUGAGUGUUUCCUGUAUACCGUGAUGGCCUAUGACCGCUUUGUGGCCAUCUGUCACCCUAUGCGAUACACGAUCAUCAUGAACCCCAAACUGUGUUUUGGCCUGACACUGGGCACCUGGCUGGGCGGCUGUGUCCAUGGGAGUUUCCUCACCUUCCUCACCUUCAGGUUACCCUACUGUGGACCUAACCAAGUGCAUAGCUUUUUCUGUGAUAUCCCCAUGGUGCUUCCCCUGGCCUGUGCAGACACCUCCCUAGCACAGAUGGUGAGUUUCACCAAUGUGGGUGUGGUUGCACUCUUGUGUUUUAUCCUUAUCCUCACUUCAUAUAUGCAUAUCAUUUUCUCCAUACUGAAAAUCCGCUCCUCUGAAGGCAGGCACAGAGCCUUUUCCACCUGCAGUGCCCACCUGGUUUCCAUCCUCUUGGCCUAUGGACCUGUGAUUCUUGUCUACCUCAAGCCUGCUUCCAGCCUUUGGCUAGAUGCUGCUGUUCAGGUGUUAAACAAUGUUGUAACUCCUUCCCUCAACCCAGUGAUUUAUUCCUUAAGAAACAAGGAUGUGAAAUUGGCCCUGCAGAAGGUGUUAGGACAAAUGACCUGCCUUGCUGGGCUCUAA